AUGCGUUUCACCCUGUCCCUCAUUCUCAGCGCCGCCCUGGCCUCCACCGCGGCGGCGAUGCCCCAGGCUGCCACCAAGGAGGUCCGCUCCGAGCCCAAGCUCAUCGAUUUGGCUCCCUUCAAGGCCUCCGGCACCGGGUACAAGCCAAAGAAGAUCCUGACCGAGGAUGAGGCGCGGGCCCUGACGGCCAAGAACCUCGAGGCGGCCAAGGCCCCCAAGUCGGCCAUCGAGAGGCGCAACUGCAAGAGGAACGAGGAGGAGUACCACAAGAUGAAGGCCAAGAGCACUUGCAAGAACCCCGAAGUGCGUGUGGAGUGGCGCAACUUCCCGCACGAGUACCGGCUCAAGUGGGUCAAGGCGGCCCGCUGCUUGUACGACCUGCCGCCGAGGAUGGGCUACCCCGGCUCCAAGAACCUCGCCGAGGACUUUGCCUACAUCCACCAGCAGCUGAUGGAGAACAUCCACGCCGUCGGCCACUUCAACGUGUGGCACCGCCUGUUCCUCUGGCACUACCAGGAGACGCUCCGCGACCAGUGUGGCUACCCGCGCGACCUGCCGCUGCCCUGGUGGGACGAGACCAAGGACUCUGGCAACUUUGCCAACUCGCCCAUCUUCACGCCCGAGUACUACGGCUCGGCCCCCAAGGUGGUGGUCAAGGACGGCAAGGAGUUUGCCACGUGCAUCGAGGACGGCGCCUUUGCCAACAUCACCGUCAGCAUCGGCCCGGCCAAGAGCGUCACCACCCCGCACUGCCUGUCGCGCGCCCUCAACGAGACCAAGACCGCGCUGACCGGCAAGGCCUACUGCGACCUCGGCAACUCGUACUCUGACUUUUGGAAGAUGGCCGUGACUCAGGAGGAGGGCAUGCACGCCAACGGGCACGAGGGUGUCGGCUCCGUCAUGGGCGACAUGUGGGCCUCCCCCGCCGACGCCAUCUUUUACAUGCACCACACCUUUACCGACCGCUACUUCACGGCCUGGCAGAACGCCGACCCCGUGAGGCGCACCUAUGCCAUCGGCGGGCCCAACGCCACCGUCGGCCCCGUCUCGCCCAGCACCAACGACUCGCCCAUCCGCUUCCUCGGCCUCUUCCCCGACACCACCAUCCGCGAGAUCCAGGACGCCCAGGGCGGCUCGCCCUUCUGCUACAAGUACGACUACUAG